UUUGAACUGAAUGGUACUUGAUAAGGUAGUUUUCAUUGUGUUGCAGGUUAAACUAAGUGAUAUUUCGAACUUUCAGUAUUUGACUGUUUUUUAAUUCCUUCGUCUAUUUUUCACUGUAUUUCUGUCAUAAUUUUAUAAAUAUUCUCGGUAUAUAAUGACGCCGAAAGUUCCCUCGGUGAAACUAUCAAGUGGACGAGAAAUGCCCAUCGUGGGCCUCGGCACUUACGCUAGGAAAGCAGACCCUGGCCAGUUCAGGCAAGCAGUUGAGUGGGGCAUAGAGGCUGGAUACAGGCACAUAGACACUGCAUCAUUCUAUGGCAAUGAGGUGGAAUUAGGAGAAGGAAUCAACAAUAAAAUAAAAGAAGGUUUGGUCACAAGGGACCAACUAUUUGUUACUACUAAGGUAUGGAAUGACUGCCACUCUCCAACAGCUGUUGUAGCCUCUCUGAAAGAAUCCUUGGCCCGGUUCAAGCUGGACUAUGUUGACCUAUACCUAGUCCACUGGCCCGUCUCAGUUAAUGAAAAAGGUGAAGAUGCUGCCAUAGACUAUCUAGAGACUUGGAAAGGCAUGGAGCAGACUGUCAGCCUGGGUUUGGCCAAAUCAAUUGGAGUCUCAAACUUUAAUGAGGAACAACUGGAUAGAUUGAUCAAGAAUGCUACCAUCAAACCUGUUAUUAAUCAAUUUGAGGUAAAUCCUACACUAACCCAACACAAGCUUGUGGAUCAUUGUAAGAAGGUUUCAGUGUUGCCAGUUGCCUACACACCAUUGGGCCUCAUAUCAGAGGCAAGACCAGAGUUUGUUGGGAAAGAUGUGAUCAAAACUGAUGAGAAAUUUGGAGAAGUAGCUAAGAAAUAUGGAAAAACUAGAGCUCAAAUUGCUUUGAGAUAUUUGAUUCAGCGUGGUAUCCCGGCGAUACCAAAAUCGUUUACCAAAUCGCGUAUUGAAGAAAACCUUAAUAUUUUCGAUUUUGAACUAACGGACGCUGAAAUGGCACUAGUUGAUAGUUUUAAUCUUGAUCAUAGGUGUGUUCCAGCGAACGCGCUCAAACAUCUGACUUAUUUCCCGUUUUAAAUGUGAUUGUUGGAUAUUCCUACAGUAAUAGGUUUUGUGAUAAAAUAUAUUAUCUUAUCAGCUCAGAUCUAAUCAAUAAUUGUUGUGAUACAGUACAUAUUUUAUGCGUAUUUACAUAUAAGAAUAUUAAAUGUUGAAUUGGAAAUAUAUUUUAAAUAUUA